GGAAAAAAAAAAAAACGUUUAUAAACGGCUUUUCCUACCCUCUUUUUUCCUCUGUUCUUUGUCAGUUAUGACCCAGUGAUCCCAUUACUUCCUCCUUCCGUCUCCACCUCCACCACGAUAUCAUCUUCCUGUCGUUGUAUAUAGUCCUGUCCGUUAUAAUCCAAACGAUCUCUUCUUCCUCCGUUCUUGAUUAUUUCCUUUUUGCAGCCACUUGUAAAUACAUUGCAUUACAUCUAUACCACACUUCCAUUCGUAACGAUUAUGAGGAUUUCAUUUGCUUCGAUUUUCAGGGCCGCAGCGGUCACUGCAUGGGCUGCAGCUACUAUGGUUCAUGGUGCAGCUCUACCUUUACCCGAGGGCGUUGUCGUAGGGGCAAGUUCGAUUGAAUCGAUGAUGAAGGAUGAAGCGAUCGCAGCAGCGACGCUCCCUUCCCGCAAGAUGCUCCGGAAGCGCGGGAUUUCAGGACUGAAUAAUUAUAAUUGCAAGCUGACUCCUGCUCAUCCUCGUCCAUUGUUGUUGGUUCAUGCGACGUUGUUGACGGAAGAUUCCUGGUGGACGUUCGCACCAGUCUUGAUCCGUGAGGGCUAUUGUGUCUUUGCUCUGACCUAUGGUCGAUCCGAUAACAUCCCUUUUGUAGGAGGGGUCGCACCUAUUGAAGAUUCAGCUCAAGAAUUGGCCACAUUUGCAGAUAACAUUCUGAAGAGAAUGAAUGUCACUCAGCUGGAUUAUGUAGGCCAUUCUCAAGGCGGUAUCCUCGGCAGGUAUUGGAUGAAAUACCUUGGAGGGGCUGGCAAAGUCAACAGAAUGAUCGGUAUCGCACCUAUUCAUCAUGGCACUACUUUGAGUGGUCUCGCCACCAUUGCUAAAGCUCUCCGCAUCUUUGACCCUGCUCAACCGAUCUUUGACAAAAUUGCGCCUUCAUUCUAUCAGAUGGUCGAUACGUCCGACUUCAUCAAAAGAUUGAAUGACGGCGGUGAUUCUAUCCCUGGUGUGAUUCACGCUAACAUUGCCACCAAAUUUGACGAGGUGGUCACACCCUACAAGAAUUGUUACCAAACCAGCUCCGGUGUCCUGAACUCGCUACUACAGACUCAAUGCAUGCUCUCGAUCAAUGAACACUUGACGAUGAUCAACUCCAAAGUUGUGCUUCGAUGGGUCAUGAAUCAACUUGAUCCUUUGACUGCUCAAACCGCCGACUGCCUAUCGGCGAUUCGGCUCUAAAAUUUAAAAACCAUUCAUCCGAUCUCCCAGCUUGCCUUCAAACAUAGCUUCCAAAAAGAGAAUGACAAUAUUAAUAAUACCAGCGAAAAUAGUAUAGUAAACUCAUAUG